AUGCAGCUUUUAUUUGUUUUUGUGGAGCGUGACAAUGAGGAAGUUGGUGAACCUGUUGCCAAUUACUUUGGAAUUACUGGACAAGAGACCAUGGUUCUUGCUUCCACUCGGAAUGAAGAUGCUAAUAAGUUUUUCUUCAGUGGUGAAAUAUCACUGGACAACAUUAAGGUCUUCGAUCUUUCUGUUGUGAAGCGUUCUGAUUUUGUUCGCUAUGGCCUGGGUUGUUUGGAGAGGUUGGCUGAUCAAGGUGAUAACUGUACAAAGAACAUCCGUGCAAAUUUGAGGAUUAUGGUUGCUGGAGGUGAUGGCACUGUUGGUUGAGUACUUGGAUGUCUCCAAGAAGUUAAUAAGUCGAAAAGGGAACCAGUUCCUCCCAUAAGAAUCAUUCCACUUGGGACAUGAAAUGACCUCGCUAGAUCAUUUGGAUGGGGUGGCUUUUUCCCCUUUGGUUGGCGUUCAGCUGUAAAGAGAUACCGUCCAUCUUGACAGGUACUCAACCUAUUGAUGCACAUGGACAUGAUGACUCUCUAGCGUUUAUGGACCAACCAACCUGUAAUCAUGGACCUUAUUGUCUUGUACAUCAUUUGGUGUUUCGAGUGUUUUGGAGCUUGCACUUUGUGCAUGUAGAUACAAACUUAUGUUUUCUGGAUCAUCUGAAGUCUCUCAUAGUAACCAAUAGUCCUUAUCUUUUUGUGACUUGUGUGUUCUAGAUGAUUGUUAAGAUGGUCAAAACUAUGCUUCCUCUAGGUUAAUUUGUUUGUCAA